AUGUCCGGCCUGGGCGCGGGCACGGCCCCGGCCUGGGUUCCCACCCAUGUGCAGGUGACGGUGCUGCGGGCGCGGGGACUGCGGGCCAAGGCGGCGGCGGGCGGUGGCGGCAGCGAUGCCUACACCGUGAUGGCGCUGGGCCGUGAGAAGUUCUCCACCUCGGUGGCGGAGCGGUGCCAGGGGCAGCCGCUGUGGCGGGAGGAGGCCACCUUCGAGCUGCCGCCGCCGCCGCGGCCCGCCGCCCUCCGCCUCACCGUGCUGCACCGCGCCCUCGUCGGCCUCGACAAGUUCCUGGGGCGGGCGGAGGUGGAUCUGGCCGCGCUGAGGGCCGACGGCGGCCGGCGGCACACCAGAUAUGUCACGCGUGUCAAGCACGGCGCGAGGGUUGAGAGGGACCUCUAUGGCGAGAAUCAGUCCAGUGUCCACCUCUGUCGCGAACAUCUGCUCUAUGCAACACAAGAACUUCAUCACGUAAUUCUCAGUGAGAAUCAAGCGUUCUGGCAACAACACAGAGCACUACAAUACGCCGAGGGCGAGUCUUGGCACAGAUUUAUCCUUAACACGGCGAUGAGUUGGGCUGGUGAGUUAGGUGCUGAGCUGCCUCCUGCAGGCCGUGGUGUAAAACCUGCUGCUGGGCCCCUGUUACCUGAUGGCAAAGCCUCAGAUGCUGCUGGGUGCCUCCCCCAGAGCAGCUCACUGGUGACUGCCACCCCACCAGUGAUGCUCAGGGACCUCAGCAGUGACAGGCAUUCAGAAACUGAGGGGCAGGAGGACUUAUCUGAUUGCCUCCCAAAGCUGGAGUCUGCUGUUCCCCUUGCUGGGGAGCGUGGUCUGAAACUGGCCACCCUUCCUGUCAUCCUGGAGGGAGGCUCUGACGAGGAGCUGCUGGGUGACCCUCAGGAGCCCCAAGGGCUUGCUGCAGGGGAGGAGAACCUUGCAGAGGCAGGAAAGCAGUCCCUAGGUGCAGUGCCUUUGCAUGAAGACCUGCAAGAGCACUCCGGUAGCUCUGCUGCAGCUGCUCUGGGGGGAGGAGGAGGAAGUGCUGCUGGUGCUUGUGAGCCAAGCAAAGCACCUGAGCUGCCUGCCAGCGUGGGGGUUCACAGUGCCAAGAAGCAGGUAGCUGGCCCAGGCUUGGGUAGGAUGUCUCAUUCCAGGGAGCAGAGCAGUCCUCUGGAGGUACCAGAACUGAGGAGGAGUGCAGGUGCUGAGUGUGCAGAGCAUGACUUCUCUGAGCCUUCUCUUUCCUCUUCCUCCCUGUCCAGUCCUCCCCAGCCCUGCUCUUCCUCUCCCCCUCUCCCCUCUGACACCCCCAAUGGUAGAGCAGAGUCUCCGCAAAAGCCACCAGCCGAGGGCUCCGCAGAUAAAGCAGGAAACUGUGGCAAGAAGAAGCUUCUUCAGGCCUGGGUUUCACCCUCUGAAAUAUAUCCUAACCUGAGCCAGCAGGGUGCUGAACCCUUGGCUCCUAAGCACAGGCUCCAUCCUGUGAAGCCCAUGAAUGCCACAGCAAACAAGCCCCAGAGUAAAACCCUGAAUGUCAUCAGCACCAUGAAUGAAAAGCUGCUGGAGAUGAACAUGAAGAAAUAUGAGCCCUCAGACCCUGCCUAUGCCUAUGCUCAGCUAACACACGAUGAGCUGAUCCAGCUGGUCCUGAAACAGAAGGACACAAUCAGCAGGAAGGAUCUCCAGGUGCGGGAGCUGGAAGACUACAUCGAUAACCUUCUGGUCAGGGUCAUGGAGGAAACCCCAAACAUCCUGCGUGUCUCAACCUCUGGAAACAAAAAAGCUGGAAAGAUGUAA